CCGCAGUGGCGAAAUAAUAAUGCGUGCGUUGGCCGGUUCUUGGUUUCUGCCGCUCGUACUGUUGUGCUUGUGCACGUGCCAACUACGUGCCGAGAGAAGAUCCAAGGAAAGCGUCUUGGUCGACCAAUGGGCUGAGAGCAUCGGUCAAGAAAUAUGGCGAUUAACCAACACCGUCCUCCAGCCUACGGAGCUGCUCCAAAGGUAUAAGAAGAUGGGAGCCCGAGUGGCCGACAAAUCCGGCGAGGAGAUCAUCAAGACCAUCGGCGAGAACGUCGGCCGUAUGCUCAGCCGCAAGAUGGACGCGGUGAAAUGCCUCUACAAGGAGGCCGAGAGCCUCUCCGAGCAGUGGAACGGCAAUUACAGCAACGACUUCACCUACUACUCGGCCAAGUACAGCAACGCCAGCGUCGAGCAGGAGAUCGACAUACCCCAGGUGCCCUCCAAUAUGCUCAAUCAGUUGGACACGUACGUACCGAUGAGCCUCGAGCCCGACACGCACUUCAACAACAUCAGCGUCAACACGAGCUUCUCGUCGAUCCACGUGCCCACGAACGUGUUCGACAAGCUGCCCCGGGUCGGCGAGACGAUCCUCUGGUCCAAGCAGAUGGACCGCAUCUUCAAGCACAACUACCGCUCGGAUCCCGCGCUGAUGUGGCAGUACCUCUGCUCGACCACGGGCAUCCUGAGGCAGUACCCGGCCAUGCGCUGGCCCGUCGCCCACACGGCCGACGGUCGCGAGCUCUCCGACACCUACGACUGCCGAGUGCGCAGCUGGUUCAUCGAGGCGUCCACCUGCAGCAAGGAUAUGGUCGUCCUCGUCGACAACAGCGGCAGCAUGACCGGCAUGAGUAACACCAUCGCGAAAGCAACGGUCGCCACGAUACUCUCGACGUUGUCCAACAACGACUUUGUCGCCGUGUUCAAUUUUUCCGACACGACCGAUCAGAUCGUGCCCUGCUUCCAAGACAAGCUCGUCCAGGCGACACCGGAGAACAUCAAGAAGUUCAACCUGGAGAUCGACCAGAUGAGGCCCGAGGGCGUCGCCAACCUCACCGAGGCUUUCAUGACGGCCUUCGACAUCCUCGAGGCUUAUCGCACCAAAGAGCGCUGCGGCGAGAGCAUGUCCUGCAAUCAAAUGAUCAUGCUCAUCACCGACGGCAUCGCUUCCAACAUUACCGAGGUCUUCGAAGCCUACAACUGGUUCGAGAACGGCACGAGGAUACCGGUACGAGUGUUCACCUAUCUGCUCGGCCAAGAGGUGCAAAAGGUCCGCGAGAUCCAGUGGAUGGCCUGCCUUAAUCGCGGCUACUACGCCCACAUACACAAUCAGGCGGAGGUGCCCGAGCAGGUGCUCAAGUACAUAAACGUAGUGGCCAGGCCACUGGUGCUCUACGGCAAGGCCCAUCCGGUCGUUUGGACUCACGCAUACGUCGAUAUAUCGGACGCUAUCGAAGCCGUGACAGCUCGAAAAAAGACCGAAGGGAAAUGGGGCGAUCGGCUGCUCAUAUCCGUCAGCAUUCCGGUGUUCGAUCGUCGCGGUAACGCCAAAAAUCCGAAGAAGCAGGCCGACUUGCUGGGAGUCGUCGGUACCGAUGUGCCCCUCAAGGACAUUCGAAAGCUCACGUUGCCCUACAAGCUCGGGGUCAAUGGCUAUGCCUUCAUCGUUUCCAACAACGGCUACGUGGUUCUACAUCCCGCACUGAAACCCGACUACAAUGGAGAACUCAAGCUCAAUUACAACAGCAUCGAUCUGACCGAAGUGGAGAUACUGGACGAUGGCAAGCCACCGAGAGAACCAGGCGAGGAGAUAACAGAGAUUCGUCGGGCUCUGGUCAACCACGAGUGCGGCUCGAAAAAGAGCGUCAGAGUCAAACUGCACUACGACGAUUAUAGGCGCGUCACGCUCGAGAGUCGCGAUUACUUCUAUGCCAAGCUGCCGCUUACGCCAUUCGGCAUCGCCGUCGUGCUGCCCCAGUACGGCAGGUAUUACAUCAAGGUGAACAAAAAAAUUGAAAAGUAUCGCAACAUCAACAUCUCGGAUUACUUCGUGGGCGAGGAUUGGGGCGUACAUCCCGAGUGGGUCUACUGCCGAUACCACUACCUCGAGGGCCACGAGUUCGAGACGCCCGAGGACGAGCUGCGCCACUUCCUCACGAUAAUCGGCGACUUUUCCAAGAGCGAGGCCGAGCGCUAUCCCGAGCAGUACAAGCCCUACUCCAAGGCCAAGGUGCAGACUUGCGCGAAUCGCGACGACGUGCCCGUGCAGAUCGAGGACGACGAUGACGAGGAUCUCGACUGCGGCAGCGACGACCUCGAGGAGGAGCUCGAGGACUUUGAUCGGCAUCGCAACGAUCACUACUGCAACAAGGAGCUGGUGGAGCUGCUGCUGAUGGACGCCUACGCCACCCACGAAUUGUACUCGGGCGAAUUUCGCAGUCCUUACUCGAGCGAGCGCGAGCUCAUGAGCCGAUACGAGGUCUUCCAGCGCUUCGUUUCGACUCAGAGUGGACUGACCAGAUGGCAAGGUAUCGAGAACGCUCAGGUCGACAGCAUGGAGGAGAGGAUCGCUCGCUUCAGGGCUCAUCGCAGAGGCCCCAAUGAGCCUUGGUACAAAGGAGCCAUACUUCAAAACGAGGUCGAUCCGGACAGUGUGUCCGUCACAGUGCCACCGAUCAAAGAGCCCGAGUCCGGCCUGAACGCCACCGUGACCAUAUCCAUGGGCGUGUACCCGCGCGACGCCGGCAAGCGAGCGGCCGCCGGCGUGACGGGCUUCCUGCUGCCCAUGACGGCCCUCUACAAGCAGUUCAUGAGCAUCGUCACGGACAAGGUGCCCAUACCGAGCCUCAACUGCAACAGCAGCACCGUCGACUGCUACCUCAUCGAUCAGAACGGCUACAUCGUCAUCAGCGAGGCGCACAACCACGACGCCGGCAAGUUCUUCGGUACUCUCGACGAGACGGCCCCGGUCUUUCGGUCCCUCGUCGAGCAGGGCCUCUUCGACGCCGUCGACAUUUACGACUACUUGGCCGUUUGCUACGACAUCAAACUCGAAAGCGGAGCCUCGACCAUUACCAAUCCAUUCGAAGCAGUUUGGGAUUUCAUCAAACGACCCGUGACCAUGGCUAUGGCGCCGCUUCAGCGAAUGUCUGGCGCCUUCAACUUGCCACUGGCUUACGCCCAAGACAUGGACAAGGAGCCGGACUUUACGAAGCCACCGAAGAAGCACAAAGUCCGUUACAGCAGGCCUUGCGAUAUGAAGAUGACCCUCUACAUCGUUAACUCGACCAAUUAUCACAAGAGCUUCACGAAUCGAGAGGACGAUUGCGCCCUGCAGUUUUACGCUCAGCGAGUGCCACACACGAACCUCAUCUUCGUGAUCGUGAAGACCGACCAGCAGAGCUGCUACGACAAAAUGGACGUGUCGCCUCACGAAAUAUUUCCCUACACCGUCAACGGCAACAUCACGGAAUUUCCCUGCCACAAGAUUCCGUUGAAUAAUUUGUACAGACGCAGAUUGGAGCACUGCCAUACGCAGCACGAGGACGAGGACCUGAUCGAGGCUUGCGGAGGGGCUGCAAAUCUCCAAAUCUCCUACAUUUUCCUUGUCAUUUUCAUCUUGGCUAAUGUUGCGUUACACCUCCGGUACAGGCAGUAGUUUUAUUAUACAAAGGCUUGAUGCGAUAUUAUAUUAGUCAAUUGACCAAAAAUACAUACUACAUAUUGUUUAAUAAGUUGAAUUUUCUAAAGGUUUUGUAAGCGCAAAUCACGUGGCAUUUGAUAUGAACAUACGUAUAUUUAUCAAUUGUGUUUUCUAGUCUAAUUACAGCUGUAAGUUGGAAUUUUUCUUCCUGUGCUACUACAAACCAAAUUCAUUUACCAAUGCAUUUGUUGAUUAGUUUUAAGUAAA